AUGUUGCGCUACCGCCGCUACCGCGCCUUCGUCGUUUUCGCCGUGCUGACGGUGCUGGUGCUCUGGCACUUCGCUGGCUCUGAAACAUGGUCCUCCACCGGCUUGGGCGCCAGCCUGUCGGGCAGUGGGAGUAGCCCAAGCUCGCCGCAGCAAGGCUCCGUGCCCGCCGCCGCCAACGACAUACCCGACGCCCUGGCGCCGCCCAAGGGCAACAACAACGGCAACCCCAUCGUCACCGAGGACAAGGACCGCGUCCCCGACGUCACCGUGCCCCAGGCUGAAAAGCCCCAAGGCCAGGAGGAGCCGCCCGCUCUGCCCAAACCCAGCAAGCCUGUGCAGGGCAAGCCUCCACCCUCGCUCGAAUCCUCCGUCGCCGAUGCAGCCGACGAUGACUUCCCCUACCUCGAGAGCGAUUCCGGCAGCGGGCCGCACGAGCCGCAGGUCAUAGUCCCGCACGAGGGCGGCGAGGGCCGCAAGGAGGUUGAUGACGAGGAGAAGGCGAUCCACUGGCGCCCGCUGGAGGAGCACUUCCCUGUGACGUCGACGAUCCAGCUGCCCGCUGGUUCGCCCAAGCCGAUGCCCAAGAUCCAGGCGACAUUCGCGAAGGAGUCCAAGGCCGAGGCGAAGGAGCGCCAGGCCCAGCUUAUGGCCGUCAAGGAGGCCAUGGCCUUUUCGUGGGACGGAUACCGGAAAUACGCGUGGAUGAAGGACGAGCUGAGCCCCGUGUCGAACGGUAGCCGCAACCCCUUCGCCGGCUGGGGCGCCACGCUGGUGGACGCGCUGGAUUCGCUGUACAUCAUGGGCAUGGAGGAAGAGUUCGAAGAGGCGGUAGCAGCCGUGGCGGACAUUGACUUCACCACGACGUUCCGCAAGGAUAUUCCGCUGUUCGAGACGGUCAUUCGCUAUCUCGGCGGGCUGGUCGCGGCGUACGAUCUCAGCGGCCUGAAGCACAGGAUCUUGCUGGACAAGGCUGUGGAGCUGGCUGAGGUUCUCAUGGGAUCGUUCGAUACGCCGAACCGUAUGCCUAUGACUUUCUACUACUGGAUGCCCACCUAUGCAUCGCAGCCUCAUCGAGCCGCUACGCGCGUUGUCCUCGCGGAGAUUGGGUCCCUUUCCGUUGAAUUUACCAGGCUUGCCCAGCUCACCAAGGAGCCCAAGUACUAUGACGCCAUUGCUCGUAUCACCGAUGCGUUCAAUGAGUGGCAAGACACCCUUUUGCCUGGAAUGUGGCCUGUUCAGGUUGACGCCUCUGGUUGCAAAAGACCUGAGACGGAUAACCUGGGUGACCCGUACAAGUCGGCCCACCCGCCGCUGAAGGCCGCGGAAAAGAUCAUUUCGGAUAAGACCGACAACAAGAACAACCCGGAGAGGUUUGGUGGCAAGAACCCUGUUCCGGAUGACGAGCACGACGAUAUCUCGGACGACUUGGUCAAGCGCCAGCUAGAUGACCCCCUCUCCCUGUCCAAGGCAGCUUCUGAUGAGGUUGAGGUUGAGGAUGAGGUUCGUACGGAAAAGGCGACUUCUUCCGUGGAGAAGGACUCGGCUUCUACCGUGAAGACCAAGCCAACGGCGACGCUGGCGGACUGUUCGCCUCAGGGUCUGGCAGCCGCUAGCAUUCACGGGUCCCAACAGUUCACGCUUGGCGGCAUGUCCGACUCCAUGUAUGAGUACUUCCCCAAAGAGUAUCUCCUUCUCGGCGGCCUCGCCCCGGAAUAUCAGGACAUGUACGAGAAGUCCGCAGACGUCGUCAAGUCGAACCUCCUUUACAGGCCUAUGCUGCCCGACGGCUCUCCUGACAUGCUCUUUGCUGGCACCCUCACCGUUUCUCCCCCCGAUAAGAAGAGCAAGAAGGCCGUCAAGAAGCUGAAGCAUGAAGUCACCCACCUGACUUGCUUCGCUGGCGGCAUGUUCGCCUAUGGCGCGAAGAUUUUCGGUCGUACGGAGGAUGUCAAGAUUGGCGCUGAACUCACCGAGGGCUGCGUGUGGGCAUACAAUGUCACAGCCACUGGCAUCAUGCCCGAAUCUGCCCUCUUGACACCUUGCGAUAGCCUCGACGGCUGCAAGUGGAACCAGACCAAGUGGCAUGAGGAGCUCGACCCCUACGCCGAUAGCAGGCAGCAGGCAUACAAGCACCAGCUCCAGCACUACAGCUCGCAGGUCGCUCUCGCCCGCUCCAAGGCCACGGCGACCUCCUCAGAGCUUCCCGAAAUCGCCAUCGCGACCGCCGAUGCCACGGCUGCGGCGGUCCUUCCGAACGCCAUCCCGAACGCCGGUCCCGUCCACCGCUGGGAUCGCAGGCAGCUCGGUGGCGUGGAGAACGAUGCCGGCUCGCCUACCAAGACGACGUACAGUGAUGCGCACGAGCCAGCCGACGAUGUGUUGGAGUCGGCAGAUGCUCCCGCGUACACGAACGACCCAGCCAUCUCGCAUAUCUGGAAGCCGCAGAAGCCGCUCAACCACGAAGACUACGUCCAGAAGCGCAUCCAGGAGGAGAGGUUGCCAACGGGCUUCACGAGGGUGGAGUCGAGGCAUUAUAUCCUGAGACCCGAGGCAAUCGAAUCCGUCUGGUACAUGUACCGCAUCACGGGCGACCGCUCCUGGCGCGAGGCGGGCUGGAACAUGUUCAAGGCCAUCCAGACGCACUGCCGGGCCGAGUUCGGCUACUCGGCCAUCGACGACAUCACCAAGGCCGCGCCCACGCUGAAGGACGAGAUGGAGAGCUUCUGGCUCGCCGAGACGCUGAAGUAUUUCUACCUGCUGUUCGCGGACGAGGAUCUGGUCAGUCUGGACGAGUGGGUGCUGAACACCGAGGCGCACCCGUUCAGGCGACCGGACGCGGGGCCGUGGCCGAAGCAGCAGAAGGGGUCAGCUUGA